CAACAAUAGAACAAUAGUAAAAAUUAGUAAACAAUGUUUUAAAAAAUAUUUUCUCUGUCUUAUACAGAGUAAAAACUUAUUUUCUUCAAUUUGUUAAUAAUUUUCAAUUAAAUCGGAUAAAAAAUGGGAAAAAACGUGCAAAGUGGUCGUUUGUGGCAUGAAAGGAGUAGGCAAAACGGCCAUUCUAGAGCAAGUAAUUUAUGGAAACAUUAGUAGUAGUUCUGAACUCCACCCUACUAUCGAAGAUAUCUAUGUAGCAAACAUAGAAUCCGAUAGAGGGGCCAGAGAGAAAAUUAGGUUUUAUGAUACAGCAGGCAUAGAAAGUUCACAAACCACCACUGCUAAUGGAACCACAAGUCAGCAGUUGUUGAGGCACUACUUGGUGCUUGCUGAUGGUUAUAUAUUAAUUUACGAUACACACAAUAUUAGCUCUCUUGAUGUUCUUAUGUCUAUUAAAAAGGAUAUUGAUAAAAAUAAGGAUAAAAAGGAGGUGACACUGAUAGUCCUCGGUAACAGAACUAAAGACAUUGACAGCCCUGACUGCCAAAAUGUGAUAAGUAAAGCAACAGACUGGUGUAAUAGAGAAAAAAUCAGGCAUUUUACUGCAUCUGCCAUGCAGAGACCCAGUUUGUAUGAGCCAUUUGUUUAUAUAACUAGCAAAUUGAACCCUCCGCCUAGUAAAAGUACUUUUACACCCCUAUCCAUGGGCAGGAAGGUUUUGAAGGACAAUAGUUAGACUAUUAGUUAUUUUAGCAACUACUAAACUAACAUGAACAAUGUAAAAAUACUCUCAUAGAGAAAUCUCAAUAGCAUAAUAUUUUAUUUAUUUAGUUGAUAAAGCUGAUUUGUUAUAAUAGUUUUAAAUUGAUACAAUAAAGGUUCUAUUAAGUUUAAAUAAGAAA